GGGGCUGACCAGAGCAUGGCACAACCGAGCGAGCUUCCUCCUGCCCUCUCAGGCUCCUCCUUUCCUUUUUUUGGGGAAAGAGUGAGGUGUCAUUUGCUCUGCUGCCCGAGUGUCUGUGCUGCCCGCUGCCAGCUCGCUGUGCACGGUCACCUCCCUGCCCCAGAGCCCCCAUGGGGGCAUCCCCCACUGGCACCGAGCAUCCGUCACCAGCCCCUGCACGUGGCAGCAGCUGCCAGUGAGGAUGAAUUGGGCUCUGGUAGGAUCUUCUCCAUCGUGGUGUUUGGCUCCAUCGUGAACGAGUGCUAUGUGAACAAGGACAGCCAGUCCCCCGAGCUGCUCUGCAUCUUCAACGAGAACGAGAGUGCCUGCAGCUACGGCAUCGCCAUCGGCAUCAUCUCCUUCUUUGGCUGCAUCUUCUUCUUCGUCGUGGACCUCCAGUUCCAGCAGAUCAGCAGCGUGAAGGACCGCAAGCGGGCUGUGCUGCUGGACCUCGGCUUUUCAGGUUUCUUGUCCUUCCUGUGGUUUGUAGCCUUCUGCUUCCUAGCAAACCAAUGGCAACGGACGAAAAUGGGCAAAGGGGCUUUGCAAGGAGCAGACGCUGCCCGGGCAGCAAUCGCCUUUUCCUUCUUCUCCAUCGCUGGCUGGGUCGCGCUGGCGGUGAAGGCGCUGCAGAGAUACCGCCUGGGGACUGACAUGUCGCUCUUUGCCACCGACCAGUUCACGGCUGACCCCAACGCCUCGUACCCCGGGUACCCCACCGGCAGCGGCAUCGAGAGCACAGAGACCUACCAGAGCCCCCCCUUCACCGAGACCUCAGACGCCAACCCGAAAGGUUACCAAGUGCCAGCAUACUGAGGGGCGAGGGUGCCACGCGGCCGUGUACAGAUUGAGCACGUCCUACGGUGCAAGUACAGUUAACCGGUUGAUUGCAAAUGUAUUCAGUACCAUUUCCUUAAUGUGGCAAGUCAGUGCUGGGUUCCUUACUAUUAGCUAGUUGUGCAGUGAAUUCUGUACAGUGGUAUUGGUUCUUGUCUUACCUGUCCAAGGGUUUUAUAAAAGCAGUGUUCCCUCUAAGUCAGAAGGCAGGAAGGUCGCUACCACAGGUGGCAAAAGACAAAUAAGUACCUGCUCUGAGGCUCGUUUUAACAGCAGGCAAUGGGCGCCGGGUUCCAGUGAGUGCCUAGGAAAGCCAACAAUACCUUCUCCUGUUAGAAAACACAGUAGCUGAUGAGUUGAUAUUUAUCUCGUUCUUCCAGAGCUAACACAGAACUGGUCUCGUUGCAGCGAGCGCUGGGGCGGCCGGCCCCGGGCUGGGAGCUGCUGCGGGGCUUUCGUGUACAGCGCAAAAACAGAGCCCAAGGAAAGUGCCAAAUUCACAAAGACAUAAAGCGGUGUCUGUGUUAACUUUUGUUUGUAUAUAGUUACUGUACAAAAACUAACCACGACAACCAAACAGGUGUUUCAAACGUAGUUUAGGAUGCAAGCAGCACGGGGGCGGAGGCACAGAGGUUUGGGGUUUGUGUUGGUUCUCCAAACGGCUUCUGUGCUUCAACACGGGUCUGGCUGAGGGCACGAAAAGUUGCUGUUUGCAACUCGCUUUGGAAAACAGUUCAGCAAUAGUUGUCUGCUAAUUAGAAAUAGGCUUGUACCAGUGGAAAAUCUGGCGUGUUACAGUUCCACUUCUUCAUCGGGGGUUGUUAAAGUUUGCAAAUUUACCAGUAGUUACCGAUUGGCGAUACUGAACACUUACUCACUCUCAAACUCCGAGUUGCCAUCACAAAAGGUGUGGGUGUCUCAGUGACUCAAAGUCUAAGUCAAUUAGGAAGCAGCAUACAACGUGUAUUUUUGUACAGGGAGCAACCACCAUCUGUCGUAAUCUGCAGCAAAAACCUCAGGUGUGAACGUGUGCUUGGCACUGCGGGCUCCGGCAAUGCGGAAUUCAAAGGGAGCACUGAAAAGGCUCCCUAGGCUCUGAAGUCCAUCCCGGGGACGCAUGCAGCCCAUGUUUGCACAUAGCAGCAGAAUGCAGCUCACGAAAACAUGCCCAGGACAGAGGCUGAGUUUUGGUUUCCAGCUGCUGAAUUACAGCCUUGGCUAAACCAAGGAAAUACGAAAAUCCAGUAGAGCCUCGUCAGCAACCUGAUGGCUUUCAGGCACCGGGGUGCAGGGGGCAGGGAGCUGAGCUGCUUGCUGCUAGGAUUGAAGCAGAGUUGGAAGUGCACCGCCUCGGUGGAAGCUCUGCCCUCAGCAGCCCCGGCUCUCCUGGCUCGCAGUGCCUGGCUGCUGGGGAGGGAGGUUUUGCCUUGCUGCUUUAUGCUGGCAGACGUCGUGUGUUGCCUUCUGACCUCCUGACAAGCAAUAGUUAAGGGACUGCCACAGCUGUUCUUGUAGCAAAAAAAAAUAAUAAUAAUCCAGCAGUUUUUUGUCAUCAUCAUUAACACAGCUCAUUUCUGCUGCAAAAUUGCAAAUAAAUGCAUUAAUUAAUAAGCAGCAAACCUCAUCACAGGCAGUCAUUACCAGUGACAAAAACGCAUAACUUGAACCCCCUGCUAGUUAGGUCAGCUCCACAUGUGCAUUCGCAGCGAAUGCUGCCAGGACUGGAUCCGGACCUUCACGCUCGCCGGGUUUUCUCUCCCAGCACCUCCCAGCUCAGACACUUCUCCUGCAGGGCCGUAGUGACUCGGGGACCUGGCAGCCCACAGCGGUUUCCACCGUGGCUUCUCUCUCCGAUGCCAGCACCAGAGGCUGCGCAUCUCCCUGCCCGCACCUCUGCACCCACUUUUUAACUCUAAGGUGUUAUAAAAGAGCCUCGCCUGCUGCCUGCAGAGCUGCCCUCAGCAGCGAGGAUGCCAGGGAGAGAGCAGGAGGAUGGCACAGUGCCUGACCCGAGUGUCUCCUGCCCGGCUGAUGCAAGAAGGGUGACCCAGGGGCAUCUGCACUUGGCCUGUGCCAGUCAGGCGGUGAGAAAGCCGUGCACGAAGUAGACCAGGGACAUCCAAACACCAGUACAGUAUAAGCCUAAAUUCAUUAUGUGACCCCCCCCUGCGAUUUUUCUAGAGCCAGUCUUGCUGACAAAAAAAAGGCAAAAGAUUUUAAUACAGGGUACAGUAGAACUGUAGCAAUAUUUUCCUUAGAGGGAACACUGAAAUUUUAGCAGCACAAACAGUACUUGUGUUAAUAUUUUAGCAAAAUUAUAAUCAAUUUAAAUGUUUAAAUUGAUUGUAUGUGAGAUAAUGUUUGUUCGGUACAUUGUAUUUUUUCUAACUAUAUAACUGUUCCAGAGUUUCCUUGUAACCGUAAAGAACUAAAGUUCUGUCUGACUGCGAGAAGUGUCCUGAUCAGUGGUGUAAACGUGCUGAAUAUUACAACAUCUGAAUGUACGCAC